UUUUUUUGUCCGUCCCCACAUGACUUGUCAAAUAGGAAGUACCCGCGUCCAGAGACAGCAGCCUUCACCAGGAACGCAACACCAGAAGAGCUCGGAGAGAGCCGCGAAAUACCCGAGUUUCCUUCUCGACGUUUCCACGCACACGUCCUCGUCUCGGCGCAGAAGCGGAGCUGCUACUAGUCGCUCGGCCUCCGUCAUGUUCCUGAAGGUGGUGUUUUUCGCCGCAGUUGUGGCGCUGAUUAGCGCCGAGGCGGUAAACGCAGAUGAAUGUACCCCUCUCUCAUGUGAGAAAUGUGGAACCACAACUGGCUGCCAAUGGGCGAAUUGCUCUUCAAUCUCUUUUGUUGGCUGUGUGAACGCAACUUUUGCUGGAGAUAACGACACUUGCACCAACGCCAGCUGUCCAGCUUUUCAGUCCACUACAGUCCAGCCUUCAGCUUCUCCCUCUCCCACUCCAGUCUCCACCACCGCUUCCUCUAACAGUUCUACUACAGAUAACACCACAGUCACUACAGUUUCUCCAACUCCCACUGGCAACUUCUCCACUUCUGCAGCCACUUCUAAUUCAACUGCAACAAACGCCCCCUCAGUGAUUCCUCCGAAGAACUCCACGUUUGACGCAGCCAGCUUCAUCGGUGGAAUAGUGUUAGUCCUGGGUCUACAGGCCGUGAUCUUCUUCCUCUACAAAUUCUGCAAAUCCAAGGACCGUAACUACCACACUCUUUGAAGCGGCUGGAUCCUUCCGCCUCCGAGCAGACCCUUCCAGAGAAAACUUUCCAUUCAGCACAUUCUCAUCCGAGUGGACUCAGUGUUUCCAACUCUUCAAAAAAACGUUUUUUUUGUUUUUUUUUCUUUUUAGUGUUUGUUUUCUUCUCAUUUUAACCUGCAUCACUGCUGCCAUCGCUCUGCACCUACACCAGCAAGUAUGAAUAAUUCAUUCCAACUUGCACAAUUUAACAGAUCUCUGCUGACAGGCGUUUAAAUCUAGAGCGAAUGGAUUACAUCAUCUGGGAGCAAACCCCGCCACCAUCAUGUUAGCCAAUUUGUGGAAAGCAUUUUGCAGUAAUUGAGUGGACUUUUUUUUUUUCUUUACAAUCCCUCUUCUCUUGCCUUUUUAUCAAUUUAGGAGGCAGUUUAGUUGAAUCACUUUCCUGCAUCUGAUUUGAUAUCGAAUGCCAAAUUCUUGGUUUCCUCUUUUUCCGUGCAGAUUUUAUUUCUCGACGGAUGACGUAAAUGAAGGAGAGUUUCUUUCAAAAGAGUAACAGCAAUCAUCUGAUGUCAGGCCACAGCUGGAAGGAAUACAUCCUUCUUUAGAUCUGUUCAUUUUCUUUUUCAAUUCCCCUGGGAAAUCUCUCACCUCAUUAAAGAUGGUCAAAUCCUUGUUGCUACUGGAGCAGCUAAAGGCAAUAAAUCAUUAGUUCAUUUUAAAUCUCCCAUUUAUUAUUUCUAAUCAUUUUUGCACACUAGAAAUGGGAAGCUGGCCCUUUCUUUCUGUAGAAUAUGCAUGAAGGUCAAAGAAUAUUUCAGGAACAGAAGAUAUUUUUCUGGGAGUUUGUUGUGGACGGUGAAGUGCCUUUAAUGUCCAGUAAGGAGAGAGAAAGACGAGAACUUUUCCCAUCUUUACCAUAUUUUCAUCAAGGUUAAUGUUUGUUGGAGCUACAGUUGGGCUGAAAAGCCUUUUAUCGUUGAAUAAAGAUGGUCAUUGUUUGCCCCGCUCAGUUUGCUGCAUUUCUCUCCAAAAUUCGUCCCAUUUUCUUAUGAAUUGGCGGGGAAAUUAGUUUCAAGUUACCUUGAAGAUUAUACUUGAAAACAGGUGGUCUUAAUUUAAUAAACUUGAUCGUUUGAGUGCUUUUAAGUUAAAAAACAAGUGUCGCUUCUCUCAAAUGAUCUUUGUAUAUCUGCAAUGUAAAUGAUUUCUUAGAGAACUUCUAACCAGCUAGCUGCCAAUUCUUUGCCUUUAGCUAGCUGUGUCCUGCUUUUGUUCAUUUUUCCAGUUGAGUGGAGCAUGCCAGACGUUUGGACUAGUUACCUUCUCUUUGCAUAUGCUCGUACGACUUGAAAAAAAACCACUGAUUAUUCGUGAUUGGUCAAAGGAAUGGAAAUCGUGCGCUUUUAGCCAAAGUUCAGUUUCUGCAUGAAAAUUGAGCAUUGCACUAACGCUUCGUUUAGCUGGCAUGUGGAUCAACCGUCAAACACGACACAAACGGUUCAGAAUAAUGACCACAAAAUGAACGCAAUAGUUUGUUUUUGCCUGUAUAUAUCUGCUGCUCACCGUUAACCUGCCUUUUAAACUUGGUGGCACAAUGAUCCGGGCUGUGGAGUUUGGAGUCCCACUUGCUCUGCAUGUGGAGUCACUUUUCCUGCCUGCUUGUGCUUUCUACCAUUUCUUUAAGGACCCAACGCGGCACGUUGGGGUAUGUCACAAGACCGUGUAUCCAUGGAAACCUGCUGUCCCUUGUGUUGCUUCUCCCCUCACAGUUUGUGCAUCUCUUUGAGGGAAAAGUGCCUUAUUCAGUUGAAGAUUAAUGCGCCAAACAAGCUAAAUUAUCAGAAAUGCUCAGCACUUUGAGCUCCCUGUGAAAUGGAUGUGUUUCUUUUUUCUUUUUGUCACUCUCAGCCUUAACUCCGUCCAUCAAAUGUACAGAACAGCCACUAAAGUUGUCCAGACCGGCCAGUUUGGGAUAAAUGAAUCCAGGUUGUAGCCUGAACAUCGUCUCCCAUCAUCCUCCACUUGGUGACUUGGUUUGGCCUUAAACUUGAAUGUCGUAGACCGGAAGUGUUUCAUUCAAAGUGAAUUGGCUUAUCUGCUUUGUGGCUUUAUUGCUAAGUGCUCCCACUUAGUGCUGUAUUUGUUGGUACGAGUUUCUUUAGUAUUUUGACCCGCACACAGCCAUAUGUUACCACUCGACAGUGUAAGAAUGCCUCCUGGUUUGCUUCUUCUUUUGUUCCCUCACUUCUUUUUCAGUUUGUGGCCUUGUUUUCUGGUGUUGCCUUUAGUUUGAAGAUGUUAAAACAAUAAAGUUUAAAUGUAAAAAAAAAAAAA